AUGUCUGUUUCAACAGUAGACUAUUUUAUUUUUAUUUUUAUUUUUAUGACUUAGGAAAAUACCUCAAUUAGAUCGCAAAAAAGAACUUCACAAGAAGCGUUUGAGUCAGAAGUUGGUCAGCCACUUUGCUGAAAUGUGCCAUAACACAGUACUUUUAUCCGCGAAUUCCGUCGUUCAUUCGUAAUUAAUUACGGGUGGCCUAUAUUCUCUUUUUCUCUCAAAUCCACUCUUCAUCUUGGUCAAAAAUAUUUCUGCAAAAAUGGAUUUGUGACAGAGCGUAAUCUUAGUGCUUGUUCAUUUUGGAAAAAUUAGGAAAAAGAAAAAGAAAUGUUGCUGCUCUUUAUAGUGUUUGUUCUGGGAGCUGUAACGGUCCUUGCAGUGGAAGCUGUGGGAGUGGUGCUUUUGAUUCGCUGGUUGAACCGUAAAGUGGCUCGUGAAGUGGAUAAAGCAAAACCGGACGGCUCGCUAUCUUCUCUUGAGGACUUCGAUUUCUCUCUGCACCAAAAACAGGGGAUAGUCUGGAUUCUAGAAUCUGAAAGAAUACCAAAGGCUUUUCCUGUGGAUAAAACUUUGAAGCAGCAAAAGGCCAAGAAAGAGAUCUUAGAGGUUACACCUACUCAGAAAUUUGCCCAAAUCAAGGAUCAUUAUCUCGUCCUAACAGAGUCAGAUGGUUCCCAUGUAGAAAUUUUACUCAAAGGUUGCAUUAUAGCAGCUGUUUCUGCUUCAAGCUUGUCCUCUAGAAAAUGGGCAAAAAGAUAUCCUAUUAAAAUAGAGAGCAGAGCAUCAACUUUAUAUGAAGGAAGUAGAAUACUUUACAUUUAUCUUGAGACAUGCUGGGAGAAGGAAGCAUGGUGCAAAUCCCUUCGUCUUGCAUCCUGCGAGGACAAAGAAAAACUAAAGUGGUUUGCCAAGUUGAACAUAGAGUUUCAAAAUUACCUGAUGUCAUUAAAUGCAGGAUAUCCUUCAUUUAUGAAACCACAUUCAAGCAUUGGUGUUGAUUUAGGUGAUAAAUCAAGUAAGUUUGAUGGUUCCUCAUCAAAAGUUCGGCAAUUUUUGAAAAAGCUUGGCAAGAAAGCUUCUAAGAGUGCUCCGGAAAAUAAGGGAACCUUCAUUUCAACAUCAGACCAUGAAGAAAGGAAGAUAAGUGAGAGAGUUCAUUCCUUCCAAGACCUUGCUUUUGCUGGUGGUGGUGUUAAAUCGGCUCCAACACGCAAGCCUCUUGAUUUUUCUACUAAGGAUGUUGUAGUGCCUUCUACUGGAUCAGGAAGCCGGAGUCAAAUAUCUGUUACUUCUGAUGCAGAUUCUGAUGACAGGGUUUUCGGUGAUGAAGGAACCCUUUGUUGGAAUUUGUUAAUAUCCCGUUUGUUUUUUGAUGCCAAAAGAAAUGACCAGAUGAGAACCUCUUUGCAAGCCAGGAUUCAGAGAACGCUGUCCGAUAUACGAAUUCCCAGUUACAUAGGUGAAGUGACCUGUACUGCCGUUAAUAUUGGUAACCUUCCUCCCUACAUACGUGCAAUGAGGGUUCUUCCCUCAGACAUGAAUGAGUUUUGGGCCUUCGAAAUUGAUCUUCAGUAUUCUGGUGGUGCAAUCUUGGAUGUCGAGACAAGGGUUGCAGUUCAGGACCUUGAUUUUCCUGAAGGGGACGAAUCAGAUGUAGAUUCCGCUGCCAGUCAUGAUGCCAAACCAGAUUUACUAGAAGGAUUUGAGCAGUGUGGAAAAGGAAAACAUUCUGAAGAGAAUGUUAAUAAGAUUGACCAAACCAACGAAGGUGAAUUUUCAGAUGGGAUGAGAAGCUCGAAUAUCAUUCCAAGUGAGUCACCUCAAGUGUCUAGGUGGAAGUCCAUCUUUAAUUCUGUUGCCAAACAGGUUUCACAGGUUUCACUCUCACUGGGGAUUAGGGUUGCAUCCAUUCAAGGAACUAUGAGGCUAUACAUAAAGCCGCCACCUUCAGAUCAAAUAUGGUUCGGAUUCACAUCAAUGCCCGAUAUAGAUUUCCAUUUGGACUCUUUUGUUGGGGAGCAUAAGAUCUCAAGCGCGCAUCUUUCUUCGUUCCUGAUCAAUCGAUUUAAGGUUGCUAUUCGUGAAACACUGGUACUUCCAAACUGUGAAAGUGUAUGCAUCCCCUGCAUGUUGGCGGAAAAGGAUGACUGGGUCCCCCGACAAGUUGCUCCAUUUAUAUGGAUUAAUCGAGAAACUGCAGGUAAUAAUGCCAACAGACAAGAAGCACCCAGCUCCCAACCUGGGGAUGCAACACGAUUCACUGAAGUUGAUAGGGGAGGCACCAGUGGUAAUGCUGAAAGCAAAAGUGAAAAUCCAGGAAGAACAGGAUGGGCUAAUCAACAAAGCAAGUCAUUGGAUCCACAGGCAUUAUUAUCAGUUCCUACGCUUAGUCCAGAUACAGGAAGUACCACUAGCAAUGCCGAAGGCAAACAAGAAAAGCCAAGAAAAGUUGGAUGGUCUGCAUUGCAAAGCAAGUCAUUGGAUCCACGUGCAUCCUUAUCAGUUCCUAUAGCGCAGCCUAGUACAAGUAACCAGGAUUCAGAAGAACUGAAAGCCCCGUUAAUGAAGCAUGAGGAACAGCAAGUGGGUCACCUCAGGAGCACAGAGGAGAACAUAGAAUGCAAGUCACCUUCUCGACAACUGGUACUACUUGAAGAAAAAAAUCAAAUUACUGGAGAAGAUGAUACAAAGUCUACAAGAAUAGGGAGAAGGGCUAGGAUGCUUGGUUUGGGGAAAAAAAUGGGGGAGAAACUUGAAGAGAGGGCACGUCACAUAGAAGAGAAGGGGAGAAAUUUAGUUGAGAGAAUGAGGGGACAACAGUGAAAAAAGGAAUAUUGUAAAUUUGCAGCUUCACCAAUGCAGUUUGUUUAAUAAGGCAAGUCCCCAGUGUAUCUUGUUAUCGAUUAAUGGCUGUUUCAUUUGUGCUUUAACGUUUAUGCAAACACAUUUUUGCACACGUUUCAGUCACACAGGUGCUGUAAACUGGCAACCAUGUAAAGGAACAAAUUAAAUAUAAGUCUUCGUGCUUUGAGUCGUCGUCCGAUGGUUCAUCUUUAGUUGCCAUGAGGAAGAGCAGCUUGAGUUAUGAAGCCCAUCAGGUUCAGUUCAAGGACUAAACAAGCUUUGUUCGUUAGUUAUGGAGAUGUAAGAAGAAAAAUAGCUCUACGUUGAUUGUAUAAACUCAAGUGAUUAUUUUGGUCAUUUUUUCAUCGGGUUGCUGUUAAAUUGAGAGAUGUUGUCAUCACAGAAAAUCACUUGAUUCGAUUUAUUGAAAUUCAGAAGCUGAAAUUUAUUUA